UGAGCGAGUAGUCCCCAGAAACAACAUAGAUGGCUGGUUGUCAAAAUAUGGGAAGAAAAUAACUUGUUCUUGACGCUAACAAAACCUUUAGAGUUAACUUAGGUUAGUUUUUUACAAGGACCCAUCUCCUGUGCCCACCAUGUCCACUGACCCGGCCACCUUUGUGGCUGGUGUCCCUGUGAAGAUUAGUGAAAGAUACCGGCCCCCCAGACGAGUCACUAUACCACCAUCCUGUCAACACCAAAUUAACCCAGAUCUUCUGACUCAAGAGUAUGAUUUUGCAGUUGAGAAGACAACUUUAAGUUGGGUGAAAGAAAGAAGGGCACGGAAAGAAAAGGAGGACAGGGAACGCAAAGAAAGAAUAGCUGAAUAUGACAGAAGAAAAGCAGAGAAAAAAGCCAAAGAGGAGGAGGAAGAAAAGUUAAGAAAAGAGAAUGAGGAGGAGGAGGAGAGAGAGAGGAUACUAAAAGAUGAGGAAAAGAGAAGAGAAGAAGAUAAUGAAAAGAGAAGAGAAGAGGAGGAGAAAAGGCAGGGCGAGUCAGAAAAAGAAGAAGAACAAGAAGAAGUACAAGAUGAAGCAGAGGAUGGCGUAGAGGAAACCCAUGCGGCAGAGGCGGAUAGUGACGAAACUGGCAGAAACACUCCACCUGCCUCAAGAGAAGCUGUUGGAUCAAACUCUCAACUACACCUGAGAACUCCAGACUCCCUUACGCGUACACCAAGUCUUCCUCUUGAUACUGCAUCCCCAUAUGACUGGAUGCUCAAGCCAACGCCUUUUCCCUCACAGAAGAAUAUUCUUAAAUCUCCAUUAAAGACUCCAGCUAGCAUAAAUUUUGCAGACUUCGAAGGUGAAGGUAAUGAUCCCUUUGACAGUGCUGCCUUAAAAUCUAUAAAUGACAUGGAAGAAUUGGCUAAAGUUCUUGAUUCAUCAAAUGUAGGACAACAGUCAGCUGAAGGAAAUAAUGCUCUGAAGCAUAACUCUUCUGAAGAGGGGAGAACACAGGUAAAUAUGUUCACAAAUGGCCAAGUAUCUUACAGUGCUUAUGCACAGUACCCAUACUACAUGCAGCAGCAACAGCAGCAACAACAGCAACAGCAGCAGCAGCAGCAACAGCAGCAACAGCAGCAACAGCAACAACAGCAACAACAACAACAGCAGCAGCAUCAACAACAGCAACAGCAAAACUUAUCACAGACAAGUCCGAGCUUUGGCCAGUAUGGGAGCCAUAUAAGUAAAGGUUCACAAGUAACUUGUGCAUCAUCUACUGUGCCAUCAUAUUCAGCCAGCUCACAGUAUAGUGGGAACCCUAACAGACCCUUCCAAAACUCUUAUUAUCCUCAACAGUGGAAUAAUAGUUUUAAUGUAAGUAGCCCUAGUAAAGCUGCACAAUAUGUGCCUUAUGAUUACCGCCGCCAAGCUGGUAACUCAUCGAGUAGUGUUGCUAGUGCAACACAGGGAGGAGUAAUGAGUCCUGGUAGUAAUUCUGGAAGCACAGCUAAUAUUCCUACAUCCACUAGCAGUGGCUUUCCAACAAUGCCUUCAGUGGAUAGAGGAACAACUCCAAGUAAAAGACCAGAUCUUGAAGACUUUUACUCUCGAUAUUAUUUACAGAAUAAGCCCUUGCUUCAACAGAGUCAGCAUUCUGGUGUUCAGUCUGGAGAGUCGACACCAAGUCAUAGCAGUAGUUCAGGUGCGGCUGGAUCAACAAGCGGGUCUUUGCGGUCGAGUCGGAGCGUUCCCGACCUGACAGCUGCUGAAGAUUCUGAAGUAACAAGAUAUAGUAUUGGCAUACAGUCGCUUCACGAGGGCCGAGGAUUCUCUCACACUCCCCCACCACGGCCUUCUAGUACUGGAUUAACUGGCUUAGAGGACUGGAAACCACUGCCCGACUUAUCAGAUUCCCCGGAGACAUUAUCCUCUCAGCACCUUUAUCAGUCUGGACCUACUCAGCACCCUCCUGGCCCCCUACCUCACACACCUGUUAAGACACGCCUGCCAGACCCAUUUACAGAGUUGACAACAGAUGCCCAAAUGCUGGUCCAGAGCAUGGCUGAGAUGGGAUUCCCUCGACCAAGGGUAGCCAGGGCAGUUCAGAAACUAGGAACUGACCAUAAAAAGCUUAUUGAGGUUCUUCUAGUUCUGCAGUCUCUUCAAGAGAAUGGUGAAGAUGGAUACAAAGCAGAACGUGCAUUUUAUCACUAUUUAGGGGACGAGAAGACAAGAGACCAUUUGGCUGCUGCCAAGCAGCUUUUGGACUUGGGGUUUGAAGAGGAGAGAAUCGUGGAUGCUCUCUUGAAACACGACAAUGACCGAGACAAAGCUUUAGAGGAACUCAUAGCUUAGGAACUGAUCUACAUUAUCCUGUUUUGCCAGGACAUGUUGGCUUCUCUGUGGAGGACAGCAAAGAGAAUGACUGGCAAUGCCAUAUAGAAGGUGGCAGCAGCAGUCAUGGUUUGGCCGGUGUCAACACCUGCUAUGCUUCUACGUGCGCACUCCAUACCAGAGAAAUUGGAGAGCUGCAUACAGUCUGCUUCCUGGAUACUUAGAGAUGUUGCUGGAGGAAUCUGGACGUGAUCUGAUGAAACGUGUUCAUACUCUAAGACAGGGUGUGUGUUUAAGGUAUUUUCCUGCCGUCAUCUCCCAACACACAGACAUAAGCAUACACACACACACACACACACACACACACACACACACACACACACACACACAUGCAAUCAUAAGUACAUAUGUAAACACAAGAACAUAUGCACACAAAUGCUCUUGCAAACACCUGCCUGUGUAUGGGAAUACACUUGUGUGUACUUUAUAUACUCUAAUCCCACAUUAAUGAUAAGGCAUAUUGAUAUAAACAAGUAAUGAAUUUGCACCAAAUAGAAUUUUAUGUAAAGUUAGUAAUUAACAAAUAAUAUUAUUAAUAAACAGUCGAGUGUUGGAGCAAAUCGAGAGCACAGAGGAAAUGAAAGCUAGACAAAAAAUUAAAAUAUAAAUAAUUGUUUUUAAAUGGAUAUGUGACUAAUGUUUAGGUAUUUGAUCUCAGAAUUUGUAGGAAAAAUAUUUGCUUAAAGUUCUGUUAGGUUUUUUUACCUUAAAACUCAUUAAAUGAACUCGGAGAAGUGGCAGUUUUAUCUCUUGAAUAAAUUAUAAAAGCUACACUUUUUUAAUAAAAUGCUUUAUUAAGGAGGACAGUUCUUCCUUAAUAAAGGAAGGACAGUUCUUGACACACAUUAACUUGCAGUAAAGCCCACAGCUUUUGACCAAAAAGGAUGUCGGCAUUUUAAGUCUUAAGCCAGUUACUGGAAGCAGUUAUGUUAUUCAGUGCCUUGUUUACUCUAGAACAUGAUCUACUAAUCUUUUUACAUCCCAGGCCCCAAUUACAGCUGGGUGCACAGGGACAAACAGUGGUUGAACAGUGCCCAAACAUCCCACACUUGCACAGUGUUUGAACUCUGGUCAUUCUUGCUAUUAAGGCAAACAGGUGAGCUCAUUAACAUGUCUAUAACAGUGUGGUCACAACUUUUAAAAGAAGAAUGUUAGAAGCAAAUAUUGCCAAAAUUAAAGUAAUGGUGAUGGGGAGAGGAGGAGACAUGGUGUGCAGAAUUUGUGUAAAGCUAGAUGUCCUGGAAAUUGUUGAUUUAAUUAGAUACCUGGAGACACUAAUUAAAAAAUUACAAUUUUGUGUUGGAGGGGUUGAAAGUAGAGUAAGUCAGGGAAAGAAACUACUGCAGUGAAAGCUUGUAAGAAAAUAAGGAAGAUUGGCAGCUGUGUGAAGGAAUGCCUACUUAUGUGGCAUGAAAAUUUAAAAUCCAGAAUUUGAGCUAUAGAUAUAGAAAACCUGAUAUGCACUUGUGUUGGGAGGAUAGAUUAAGAAACAAAAAUAUCACAAAAGACAUGCAGUAUGAAAGUAAAUCAUAAGAAUUAUGAGAGCUUAUGAAAUGAUUUGAUCAGAUUUAAUAAAUUAAGACUUUAAUUAAAUUCAUUAAUUCAUGAAGACUAAACCACACACCAGAAGAUGGAAGAUGAAGGGACAAUGAUGUUUUGGUCCGUCCUGGACCAUUAUCAAGUCAAUCGUGAUAAUGAUCGACUUGAUAAUGGUCCAGAACAGACCAAAACGUCGUUGUCUCCUCAUCUUCUGGUGUGUGGGUUUAGGCUUCGUAUCUUCAGCCGCGUUAUUGUGACUCGUCAUCUGCAUUUAAUGAAUAGAUGGUGAAAGAGCUCUCAAGUGAAGUUGAAAUGUGGAGAAGACGAAGAUUGAGGAAGAGAUGGCCAGAUUUGGUGAGCGAGUGAGGAAGUGGGGGAAUUGUGUGUGAAUGAUUCAUGGAAAGUGGUAAGGAAUUAGAUUAGAUGGAAUCAGCUUGACAUUACAAUGUUUGACAGGUUUUAAGUGACAAGUUACAAGGAAGCACUUUAUACCUGGUUGUAUGAAGCAGUGGGGUGCUGCUGUGGAUAUAUUGCUGGAGUGUAAUGGUGCUGGCUCUACGUAAUGCUCUAGUAUAUACUUAGUGACUGGAUGCUGAUAGUUUUUUUUUUUUUUUUUUGUAAGCUGAUGCCUUCCUUCAACGUGAAAGUGAGAAUCUUACUAUUCUUUCUUGCUUGAGUUGUUAUUAAAAAUUUACUUGCUGAACUUGAGUUGCACUGUGCCAUUUACCUAAACUUGGACAAAUCUUGACCAGAUUUAAUGCUUGUUCAGCCACAACCCAAAGUUAACAAAUCAAAUAUGGAAGUACUGUACAAGUAUUGAGAUGUCAGAGCACACUGGAAGGCUUAGACAAACUAAUUAGCAGAAGUCACUGACAGAUAAAGAUAACACAAUUUUGCCAAAUAAAAAUCAAUUUUAUGCUCCUUUAAACUAUACAGCAGACAAAGACUUGUACCCAAGUGAUGUCCACUUCAGUGAUCGUUGAAUGAUGAGCGUGACAUGUCAUUACACCUGAAAUUGACAAAAAAAUAUGUUAGUAGUGCCCCCAUAUACAACAUUGCCACCUAUAUACCCUUCCUUUUCUGUUACAUACAUAUAUUUCAUAGAAUAUGACUGAAUAUUCCGUGUUUAUUAUUUUCUUGUCUAGGGCUUCUAUCCCUCUAGUGAUCUUGCAUCUUGGUUUAAUUGGACGAGUAUAUCUCCAAAUGUCAUAUUUGUUCAAGUUUGACAAAAAGAGCAAACACUUACUGUAUAGUAUAUUAUACUUAUUAUAAUUUACACAACGUUUCAAACCUAAUAUAUUAUACAGUUAGUUUUUGCUCUUUUUGUCAAACUUGAACAAAUGACAUUUGGAGAUAUACUCAAUCAAUUAAACCAAGAUGCAAGAGCACUAGUUAGAGAGAUUGAAGCCCUAAACAAGAAAAUCAACAUGAAAUAUUCAGUCAUAUUCAAUGAAACAUGUCAAAAUGAAAGCCUGCUGCCAGUAUACACCAAUAUAUGUAUAUAUUAUGCAACAAAGAUCAGUAAUCACUAAUUUUUUAAAGCAGAAUGACCACAUAUUCAAAAUAAAUAGUUGAUGGAGAGCUUUUGACCUUCUUAGGUCCUUGUCAGUAGCAGAAUGGCUGCUCUCCUGUCGGUCAGUCUGCAAUUGAAAAAUGUCUGAGCGGAUUAAAAGUGCUCUAGCAAUUAUUUUCCCAUGUGUGGUUAUUCUGCAAAUUUACACACACACACACACGUACGUGCAUGCACACAUAUUAAGCCCAAAGAUUUUGACACAUACUGACUUUCCUUAUGUGGUAAUUAUAUUUUCCAUUUUAAUUAUGCCUUAACAAAUCUAAAUAGAGUACUGUACUAUGAGUUUGGUGUGAGUGGGCGAGAAGACCUGCCCGUGCGGUAGAGGUUGCUGCUGUGUUCAUUGUCAAGCAUUAUUGACUUGUUCUUCUGGGGAACACUUCACUGUGCAUAAGACAAAAUUGUAAUUCUGCAUUUUAUAUAGAAAGUGUUAUAAUUUUGUAUGAAAGCCUUUCUGGAUGUUGUAGACAAAGUUGUGUGUUACAUCACUGGAAAUGUGAGCUGUGAUAAUUACAUAGGGUGUAUUGUAUUAUAGUGUAUGAUAGUGGAUGGUGUAGAGGUCACUUUAAUCUAUGUUAUUUAGACCAAGUAAAAGACAAUUGUUCUACAUUAGAAUAUACAUUUCGUUCUUUUAAUUUAUCUGUAUCUUAUGUUUCUAUGUAAGAAAUUUUGACAUGUUGUCCAGGGGUUUGAAAAUGAUAAUACUCAUCUUAAGCUUGAUUUUAUAAAAUUAGAAAGAAAUCUAAAAUACUCGAUCAGAAUUGUACUAGAUGAUGGUUAUAAUAUAAUUCCCUUAAUUACUGUACUUUCCAUUCCUUUCUUAUGUCAGUCCAUUGUGUUCAAAUUUACAGUAAAUGAAGACAAGUGAACCAUAUACUGUAAUUGUAUAUUAUAACAGCACAGUACACUAAUAUCAUACCCAGAGUAGAAGACUAUGCUAAUUUCAUUGUAACAUAAAACAACAGACCUUCGUGCAAUAAAUUAAUGACAAUACUGUACUGUAUUUGAUAGGUCUUUUUUGAGUAACAGCAGGUACAGGCAGCCCUUGAUUUGCAUGGGCUAUGAGCAUGUAAUUACUUAAGUGUAGUUACAGGAUGAGAGCUACGCUCGUGGUGUCCAAUGUCAAGUGUAAAACACUUGUAUUGUAAAAACCUCACAGAUCAGACUUGAAGGUAUAUGGAAAUAAUAGGAUUCCUUUCCAAAGACUCCAAUGGGGCACUUUUUUUUUUUAACCGGUUUAAACAUUAAUAUUGAAGACAAGGAGUCACAAUACCGUAGCAGAAAUAUGUUUACCAAACCACACACUAGAAAGUGAAGGGACAGCGACGUUUCGGUCCGUCCUGGACCAUUCUCAAGUCGAUGGUCCAGGACGGACCGAAACGUCGUUGUCCCUUCACUUUCUAGUGUGUGGUUUGGUCAACAUUAAUAUUGAAUGAUUUCCCCACUUUCCAACCAGCAAUACAGUAAAUAAUGAUACCUAGAAUGUAUGAGAUGUGCAAUAAUAUAAUUAAGUCUCUAAACCACAACAAAAGUGGCAUGUGCAGAUGAAGCCCAAGACACUGUUGAGAAUGUGAUCGACCCCAGAACAUGGGACAAUCCUUGCUACACCGAAGUGUUGCUGAAGUUCACCCGGUACCAACAGAUCGAUACUCUUCACUAACGUGCAAUUCGAGGGCUGCCUGUAAUGGCUAAUUGUCCUCUGCUGAAAAUUUUCAUCUUUACAAUAGCAGUUUCAGAAUGUUCUGCACUGAAGUAGCAGAAGCCAAAACAAAAUACCUAACAUUACAUCCUUCUUAAAUGUGACAGAAACCUUGUAUGUAUCGUGGAUAUCAGUAUGAUCAUCCACUCUUAGUUAUUAUGCAGCUUGAAAAAUGCCUCUUUGUAUUAAGUUCUAUUUAAGUAAACCUCAGAUAGCAAGGGUAGUUCUCUUGUAUCUUAACCCUUAACAUGCAGCUUUCAUCAAAGGCAAUAAUUCUGCUUAUAUAAAAGAAUUUUUUUUUUUUAAUUAUCAGUCCUUAUUGGUGUAACAAAUAUAUAUAUUUUUAAUUUCCCCUAAAUUUUGCAAGCAAAUUUUACAAGAAUAUUUUUUUUUUCCACAAGAAGAGUGGCACCUUUCUUAACAGCUGCACAUAUGGGGUUAAAAAGUAAGUUUUUUUAAUGCUAUAACCUGUGUUUUCAUAUAAAAGAAUAAAAUUUGUAAACAUUAA